CCUUCUCUCUCAGACUCUCGCACGGCACAAAUCGCUGGCACUGCUCUCUCUCGACUCGCCGUACACACCAUCAUCUCCCUCGCCAACAGAAACCCUCAUUCACCAAUUCCGGCGACAUCCGCCAUUUAAAGUCGCGCUCCACUGCUCUGCUCUGUUUCUCCCCACUGAUUUCGCCACCUUGCUCUCCUUUCCGUUUUCAAGUAGAUUCAAAAAAAGAACAAGCAGCGAACGAGUCAAACACGUGCAACAGCCUGGCCUUCGCACGUGUCAUUCGAAAUUACCUGUCUCCUCUCCUGUGUCUCCAAAACCCUGUCGCAAACCCUCCGAGCAAUGUCAAAAAGAUUCGUUAAUGGCCAUCUUCAGAUCACUCAAAGCCCUAAUUUCUCAAUCUUCGAGGAAACUAUCCAAUCCCGAUCCUUCUAGAACGUUCUUCUCCCUCUCUCUCGCCUCCGCUUCCCCAAUUUCAUCUCCAUAUUCGUUGCCCACUAACGGUUACAUCCGCCGCCACUUUCUGUUUCGGUCGAGGUUACUCUUUCCGGUGAGGGGGCCUCUCUUCCUCUUCAAUCCUCCGUGGAAGCUCUCCCAGUCCUCCACCCCUCUCCUCUUACAAUCCGACAUCGUCCUCAAUUUCUUGAAACUACGUGCAAUAAAUUUACUUCAUCAACCGGCAUUUAGGUACAAUCUUGGGCAUAAUUCUCCGAGGCUAUUUAAUGAGAACCUUAACGAGGAAUUUAGAAAAGUUGCAGAGGUUGGAGCUAGUAGUGGCGACGACGCGAUCAGAGACAGUUACUUGAAUCUCCCUAAUUUUAUUUCCUUUAGUCGGAUGCUUUCCGGUCCAUUGCUUGGAUGGAUGAUUGUACAUGAUAUGUAUUCCUAUGCAUUUGUUGGGCUUGCUGUUUCUGGAGCAACUGAUUGGUUAGAUGGCUAUGUGGCUAGAAAAAUGAGAAUCAAUUCUGUUGUUGGGUCCUACCUUGAUCCUCUUGCGGACAAGGUUUUAAUUGUAUCUGUUGCUCUGGCAAUGGUGGAUAAAGGACUUUUACAUCCUGGAUUGGUCGGACUUGUUGUGUUGCGCGAUAUUGCUCUUGUCACUGGUGCGGCCUAUAUAAGAGCUAGCAGUUUGAAUUGGAAGUGGGAUGGUUGGCGUGACUUCGUCAACCUUGAUGGGGCUCAUGCCCAAAAGGUCAAGCCCCUUUUCAUCAGCAAGGUUAACACAGUUCUGCAGCUGGUUCUAGUUGCAGCAGCUCUACUUCAACCUGGAUUUGGAAGUGAAGAAACUCAACUUUAUAUCCAAUAUUUGAGCUGGUUGGUAGCUUCUACAACAGUUGCUUCAAGUGCAGCGUAUGGGGUACAACACUGGAGAAACGGGGCAAAACGGAUAAAGCUCCGAUCGUGAAAGCAGAAGCAUGUAUUCUAGGAAUGCUUUCUUCUUGUUAGAGAUUACAUUUUUUGUUGUUUCGCUCCAAGAAAUGAAUAAAAUGUCUCGGAGAUAGUUGUGCUGGCGCACCAUCUUUUUCUUGUAUAACCUCACAAUGCAAUGUAAUGCAAAGUUAUGUUCAAUUAGUUAAAUCUGAUUUCUGUCGCAAUACUAAAA